CAGACUUUAAAGAUGAUUAUUUAGUGGUAUUGAAUAAAUAUAAAGAUCUGAAUCAUCUCUUAGUCUUCUCAGUUUAUUUUGAUAGUCUUAUCAAUAAUGAAGUUGAUUUUGAUUUUUGCGUUAUGUCUGCUCGUUAUAGCAGUUGUUGCUGACAAUAAAGGUAAAAGUAAGAAUCGUGAUCGUGAUGAUAGUAGCAAAAGUAACAGCAAUAGUCAUCAUGACAGUGAUAGUGAUGAACGUGAUGAUGAUGACGACGAUGAAGUCAAAUGGAAUAACUACAAGCAAAAAAAUAAGAAAGGAUACAAGAAUCCAGAAGAAGAAGUCAAGCGUCGCAAUGAGUUUAAGAAGAAUGACAAUAAAUUUAAAAAACAUAAUGAAAGGCAAAAGACUGGCCAAACUCAUUUCAAAAUGGGCCACAAUAGGUUCUCAGACAGGAACGAUACUGAUUUAGAAAGGAAAUUUUUGCAUAAAUUUACUCGUCGUGACUUCUCAAAAGUACAGAACAAAGUCCCAGCUUCUUCUUAUCCAAUUGGUCCGGAUUCAGUUUCGUACCGAACCUCUACACUGCCAGUUUUGAAUCAAGAAGCUUGUGGAUGUUGCUGGGCAUUCUCAGCUGUUGCUCAGGUUGAAGCUCAACUAAAAAGGAAGGAUCCUGCAUACAGCACUAGAAUAUCUCCUCAAUAUUUGUUAGACUGUCAACCUAAUUCUGGAUGCGAAACAGGCGGUGCUGUUUCAGAUGCUUUUUCAUUUCUUAAAACAAACGGACUAGUAGAUGCAGCAAUCUAUCCAUACACAGCUAUUGAAGAAACUUGCAAAGCCAACAUCCCAAAACUGACCCAACAAGUCACAUCGUUUACUCACUACGACUUGAAUGGAGAUGAAAAUCUGUUAAAGAAUGUUUUAGCAGCCGUAGGUCCAGUUGUCGUAUCAAUGUAUGUGGUUCCAGGAACUUUUAUGCAUUAUGAAAGUGGAAUCUAUUGGGAUGAAACCUGUCCAAAUCAAUGCCAGAAAGUUAAUCAUGCAAUGCUUUUGGUUGGAUAUGGAACAGACACUGAAACUUAUUCUGAGCCACUUGACUACUGGUUGUUCAAGAAUAGUUUUGGACCAAGUUUUGGCGAAGCUGGAUAUAUUCGAAUCAUCAGAAAUUCACCUACCUAUAAGAAUAACUGCAAUAUUGCAUGCAUGAUUGAUUUUUCAUCAUAAAAAGUAUCAAGCUAUAGAAUAAAGUAUUGCUGCUCCUUUUAAUUGUUUUA